AAAAGCUUCUAUUCUAUAGGGAGGCUGUAUUUGUUCUUCUGGUUGUUUUUAGUGGCUGUUUUGCCAGCGGCUCUGCAAAUUUAGUGACAGAAUUAGAAAAUGUUGAAGAAUUUGCAGAGUUUUGAUUGAGAAAAAAAAAACAGGAAAUUAAACAAAAGAAGAAAAAGAAACACAAUGACACUUGAGGCUGUGGAUCACAAUCAUAAUCAUCAAGGUGUUGAAACGAAGAAUGUUUUGGUGGGAAUUCGAUUUGAUGAAUGCGGAAGAGAGCUUCUUGAUUGGGCUAUCGUCAAAGUUGCAGAUGCAGGGGAUCGUGUAAUCGCCAUUAACGUUUGUCGAAAUUCAGAUUCUGUAUCAAAGUACAAGACUUUGUUGGAUGAUUAUUUGGCUGAUUAUGAAGGCCUUUGUGAUCACAAACAGGUGGACAUCACAGGGCAGGUUUUGAGAGGGAAUUCAGUAAGGAAAGUUUUGGUUAGAGAAGCCAAGUUUUAUUCUGCAGCAGCUGUCAUUGUUGGGGUUAGCAAGAUCAAGGCUUUUGGGGGUUGGCUCUCGAUUGCUAAAUACUGUGCGAAGAAACUACCUUUAGCUACUGAAGUGUUGGCUCUCCACAAUGGGAAAGUCGUUUUCAAGAGGUUUUCUAAUGGCCAACUUUCAGGUUCAAUGAGAGAUCCAAGGCCAAGUUUCUACUUAAUUGGGAACUCACAUUUGAAAGACACCCGCUCGGAGUUUUGUGAGUCUGAGGCAUCCGAUAUGGGGAGACACAGUUCUGAAGGGGUUCAAAGUUUCAAAGACGAAGAUUUAAGCCCUUUUGAAAUGCGAAAGAAGGCACUGAGCUCAGUUUCUGUGGUAUUGGAGGACUUUGCACAUCAAAGACCAGGCUGGCCUCUACUCCGAGCAAAUAGUGCGUUAACCCCAUCAGCAAUGGAAGCUAGAAAAAUGUCGGUAGUCAAGUGGGUAAUGAACCUGCCAAACAGGUCCUCACCCGGAACUCCUACAACCCCUUCAUCUAGUAGCGAAAUUAGCCCAAAGAGCUCGGGAUCCGACUAUAGAUCUGAAUACAGCAUAUUCACAAACACAAGCAAUGAGAGUAACACACCUAAGAGCCACGAGUUGCCUGAAAUAUUGAAUCUUUUACUCAAAACUAACCCGUCUCGCUGCCAAUGGAUUGGGUUUGAUCUACUGAGAGCCUCAACUUCUCACUUUGCAACAGAGAAUCUGAUUGGCAAAGGUGGUUGUCAUCGUGUAUAUAAAGGGGUACUUCCUGAUGGAAAAAUGGUGGCCGUCAAGAUCAGGAAGUCAUCAAGAGAAGCAUGGAAAGAUUACAUCCUAGAAAUCGACAUUAUGACUUCACUAGAUCACAAGAACAUCACACCUCUUUUAGGGAUAUGCGUGGAGGACGAUAACUUGAUUUCUGUUUACGAUCUAGUGCCUAGAGGAAAUCUAGAAGACAAUAUUCAUGGUUUAACGAAGGAUAAAUCAGUUUUGUCAUGGGAAGUAAGAUUGAAUGUAGCUACCGGAGUUGCUGAAGCUUUAAACUAUUUGCAUAAGGAAUGUCCUAGGCCAGUAAUUCAUCGUGAUAUCAAGUCAUCCAACAUUCUUCUGUCGGACGAAUUCGAACCACAGCUAUCGGAUUUUGGGCUUGCAAUAUGGGGACCCUCAACUUUGCCGUUCCUGAGUCACAGCGAUGUAGUUGGAACAUUUGGCUAUCUUGCUCCGGAGUACUUUAUGUACGGGAAAGUUAGUGAAAAAAUUGAUGUCUACUCUUUCGGCGUGGUUCUCCUGGAACUCUUGACAAGAAAAAGACCAAUCAGUACAGAUCCCAUUAAAGGCGAAGAUAGUUUGGUGAUGUGGGCAAAACCGAAGCUAGAAAAGGGUGAUCUAGCGAGCAUAAUGGAUGUGGAUUUGGACAAAGAAGUUGACAAAGAUGAAAUAGUUAGAAUGGGUCUGGCAGCAAUGCUUUGUUUGACACGUUCAGCUAGAAAACGUCCUACCAUGGCCCAGGUUUUAAGAAUCUUACGAGGGGAGCAUGAUUUGGCAACUGAAAAUGGUUUGGAUGAUAAUAAGGAGGAGGAUGAGGAUGAUGAUGACGACGACGAUGAAGUUUAUCCAGAAUCGAACGCAGAGUCUCAUAUGAGUCUGGCGUUUCUUGAUGUUGAGGAGAAGCUGACAUCGUUUGGUAGUGUGGAUAUAAACCAACAUGCUCGACUUUCCUUAGAAGGAUACUUGAGGGGAAGGUGGAGUCGAACUUCAAGCUUAGAUUAGCUUUCCAUCUCUUUUUCCUUCAAGUUUCUGUAAAUAGUGAUGAUGUACAGUUCAAGGGAGAGGAUACAUACAACCCAAUAAUAUAUCAAUACUGGGAUGUAAACUUGAGGAUGAAUUUUCUAGUGAUUUGAUUUGAGAAUGGCAUCACAAUGACAAUGUAGUCGAUGCUUUGAUUUUGAUAGCCACCCAUCUUCUUCCAAUAAAGAAAACGUUUACGAUU